ACAGAUAGAAAAUGAUCAACAUAUCUCUACUGCCCUCUUCCAGAGGUUUCUCACCCCCCCUUUGAUCCCCUUUAUUCCUAAUAUACCAACGCUACCCUACGAUCCACUUUGGGCUGAAUCUGGACCUGACAGAUCCCAUGGAUAUAGGGCUCGGACCGCCUUCCCCCCUGACUUUUUGAUCCUUUGUCAAUUGUACUCGGGUGCCCUUAAAAAAUGUCAAGGAUGUGGGACAUGUUUGGCAAACGUACGAGUGCAACACGCAACUCGCUAUGGGUCCCUCGUUCACAACCGAUGCUGCAAGUACUUUGUAGGCGGGAAGACGCCUUUGAGACGACCGUUGUCGUUUCAGCACGCCAUGUCCGGAACGGCUUGGGAAAAUAUGUUUUCCCACUUGCACCAUCAAUAAGACUCGCUACAAAAACCCCCCCGACAACACUGUACUAGUACAGUACAGCAUCUCUCUGGGGCGAAGAGAAAAAAUACCCAAUCGUCAGGGUAAAACCACCCAGCGCUCCCCUCGGCUAUCGAGGGACCUAGCUGUCAGAGCGGAAGUGGAGUUGAAUACCGGUAUUCGAGAUCUCUUCGGGUUCGGGGGACUCCCAAACUAAUCCUGGAGGCCUAUAGUUUAGUACUUAUACCAGUAUAUACGAGUAUGGGCCGAUCCGGGAUUUCCGCAAGGAGACAA